AUGGUUGAUAAAAACUUUGGUGAUGCUGGUAAUGAAAUUGUCAUUGAAGAAUUUUUGGAAGGUGAUGAAUUGAGUAUAUUGACUAUUACUGAUGGUUAUUCUUUCUAUAACUUACCAGCAGCUCAAGAUCACAAGAGAAUUGGUGAUGGUGAUAAAGGUUUAAACACUGGUGGUAUGGGUGCUUAUGCUCCAGCUCCAAUUGCUACUCAAGAUGUUUUAAAGAAAAUUAAUGAACAAAUCAUUAAACCAACCAUUGAUGGUAUGAGAAAAGAUGGUUUCCCAAUGUGUGGUGUUUUAUUCACUGGUAUCAUGUUGUCCCCAACCAAAGAACCAAAAGUUUUAGAAUAUAACGUUAGAUUCGGUGAUCCAGAAACUCAAACUGUUUUGCCAUUAUUAUCUGAUGAUACUGAUUUGGCUCAAGUCAUGUUAGCUGCUGCUCAACACAGAUUAGAUUCUGUCAACAUUGCCACUAAACCAUUAUACUCAACCACUGUUGUCAUGGCUGCUGGUGGUUACCCAGAAGCUUAUGGUAAAGGUGAUGAAAUUACCAUCAAAAAACCAUUACCAGAAAACACUUUUAUUUUCCAUGCUGGUACUGCUUUAAACGAUGAAGGUAAAAUUGUCACUGCUGGUGGUAGAGUUAUUGCUUCCACUGCCAUUGCGGAAACUUUAAGACAAUCCGUUGAUAAAGCCUAUGUUGGUGUCAAUGAUCAUGUUUCAUUCAACAAGAAAUACAACAGAAAAGAUAUUGCUCAUCGUGCAUUCCGUGAUGCUGAUAAAACUGCUGCUGCUGGUGGUGUCACUUAUGCCGAUUCUGGUGUUUCUGUUGACAAUGGUAACUUGUUUGUUGAAAACAUUAAAGCUAUGGUCAAAUCUACUUCUAGAUCUGGUGCUGAUUCUGAUAUUGGUGGAUUUGGUGGUUUAUUUGAUUUGAAAGCUGCUGGUUAUAACACCGAUGAUACUUUAUUAGUUGCUGCUACUGAUGGUGUUGGUACCAAAUUAAGAAUUGCUCAAAUUAUGGAUAUUCACAACACUGUUGGUAUUGAUUUAGUUGCUAUGAAUGUCAAUGAUUUGGUUGUUCAAGGUGCGGAACCAUUGAUUUUCUUGGAUUAUUUUGCCACUGGUAAAUUAGAUAUUGAAAUUGCUGCACAAUUCGUUGAAGGUGUUGCCAAUGGUUGUAAACAAGCUGGUUGUGCUUUAGUUGGUGGUGAAACCUCUGAAAUGCCAGGUAUGUACGAUGAAGGUCAUUAUGAUACUAAUGGUACUGCUGUUGGUGCUGUUUUGAAAAACAAGAUUUUACCACAAAUCAACAAUAUGAAAUCAGGAAAUGUUUUGAUUGGUUUAAGAUCAGAUGGUAUCCACUCUAAUGGUUUCUCAUUAGUUCGUAAGAUUAUUGAAAUCAGUGAAUAUGAAUAUCAAUCACCAGCUCCAUGGAAACAAGGUUCUACUAUUGGUCAAGAAGUUUUGAUUCCAACCAGAAUUUACGUUAAACAAUUAUUGCCAAGUAUAAAUCAAGGUUUAUUAUUAGGUUUAGCUCAUAUUACUGGUGGUGGUUUAGUUGAAAAUAUUCCUCGUGCUUUACCAAAACAUUUACAAGCUAAAGUUGAUAUGAAGAAUUGGGAAGUUCCAGAAAUUUUCAAAUGGUUUGGUAAACAAGGUAAAGUUCCAUACAAUGAUAUCUUGAAGACUUUUAACUUGGGUAUUGGUAUGGUUUUAAUUGUUGAAAAAGAAAAUGUCGAUAAAGUAUUGAAGAGUUUAGAAGAAUCUGGAGAAAAAGAUGCUGUUGUUAUUGGGGAAUUAGUUGAAAGAAAAGAAAAUGAACCAGGAUGUGUUGUUGACAACGUUGAUGGUUUAUAUUAG